UGUGGGCAGUCUGACCAGCACAACAACAACACUCCUCAUUACACCUCCUCGUCUUUAAUCUGACAGACACCAUGCUGUGCGGCUCCGCCUUGCUCCACCUCCUCCUCCUCGCCUUCAGCUCCGCCACCUCCUUCGAGCUGCAGCCGGAGGAGGCCGCUCCCCGUCGGGCACGCUUCUCCUCAAACAGCCCGACUGAGGUGGCCAAAUGUUUGAAUGAAGCUGUGGCUGUAGGCUGUGGAUUCUUCUCCUGCCUUGAAAACUCUACGUGCGACACCGAUGGCAUGCAUGAGAUCUGCGAGUUGUUCCUCCAGUCAGCUGCCAGCUUCAACACAGAGGGGAAAACCUUCGUGAAGAGGAGUCUGCACUGCAUUUCCCAGGGAAUCUCUAACAAAGUCUUCCAGACGAUUCGCCGCUGUAGCAUCUUUCAGAAAAUGAUUGCAGAGGUUCAAGAGGAGUGCUACGCUAGUUUGGACAUCUGCACUGUGGCUCGUACAAACCCUGACUCUAUCGGCGAGGUGCUGCAGGUGCCAGCUCACUUCCCCAACAGGUACUACAGCACCCUGCUGCAGACUCUGCAGACGUGCGACGAGGAGACGGUGGCGCUUGUUAGGGCAGGCGUCAUGGCCCGCUUGGGGCCUGACAUGGAGACCUUCCUCCAGCUCGUUCAGAACAAACCUUGCCCCGUCGGCUCCGAUGCCAGCACCUACAACAACCCAGCCAGUUGGAGGAACAUGCCCGUGUUCAACAUCCAGCCUGGCUUCAGAAGCAGGGACCCCACCCACCUGUUUGCCCGGAAAAGAUCUGUGGACAACUUGGAGAGGCAGAGCGGGGUCAACGCUGACAAAUAGAUAAAAGCUCAUGUUACCUGUUCUACAUGUACACAGUGAUGCAGCUGCAGAAAGCUUGAGGUGAUUAUUCUUAAUGUUUUCUGUGCCCAUCCACAAACUGUUCAAUGUGAACUUUAUCCUCUUACAAACGUUUUAAAUAAUAUAUUAUAUUCCAAUUACGAUUGAUAUUUAUUUUAAAUUAAUUUAUGAGGUUGUCAUUUAAGGAAGAGUAAAGGAAGCUGAGGAGAUCAGAAGAAUCUUUCACGCUGGUCGUGGAGAUCUUUGACACCUUUUUGCUUGUCUGAAAUCACUUUAUAGGCUAUAUAUAUAUAUAUAUUAUAUUUACAGAUAUUGAGAUGCAGAUCAAAAUAUGCAUGGGAGCAGAUUUUGCUGGUUUUGUUUUAGAAAUAAACGCUGAUG